UUUUGCUGAAUGCACUUCUCGUUUGAUUAUGGGCCUGACUACAACACUUUAUUAGUGCUCGAUUCCUAUCACAAUUCCGGGAUUCCAGUUUCUCCAAUUUAAUUAUAUUUCUUUGUUCAUCACCAGUGAAGUAAUUUGUGAGGGUUUUAACCAUUUUUCAGAUUCGGGUUUUUACGAAACCAUUUUAAAAACACUUUAUAAUGCCUGACUCAAAACUGUAUGACUUACUAGGAGUACCUAGAUCAGCUUCAGAACACGAUAUUAAAAAGGCCUAUCGUAAAUUAGCUAAAGAAUUUCAUCCUGACAAAAAUAAUAAAUCAGAGGAUAAGUUCAAAGAUAUUUCUUAUGCAUAUGAUGUGCUAAGUAAUCCAAAUAAGAAAAACGUCUACGAUAAAUAUGGGAUGAAAGGUCUCCAAGAGGGUGUAUCUGAUGGACCUGAUAUAGCUGAUGAUUUUAUUUCCCAAAUUUUCGGAGACAAUUUAUUUAAUUUUGGCAGUAUGCACCGUAGACGCGCAAAAGGCCAAGAUUUUAUUCAUCCUUUGGAUGUAACACUGGAAGACCUUUACAAUGGAAAAGUUACGAAGUUAACGUUGAACAAAGAAAUUGUUUGUCGCACAUGUCUCGGCCUCGGUGCUAAACCUGGAACGUUGCAGCCUUGUGCAUCAUGCAAUGGAUUUGGAGCUAAAAUAUCUUAUUUAGAAGUAGGACCUGGCAUGAUGCAGCAGAUUCAGCGCCCUUGUUUAGAUUGUAAAGGAGAGGGAAGAGUUUGUAAUGAGGUUCAUCGUUGUAAAACAUGUGAAGGAAGGCGCAUUACAAUGGAAUCAAAAGUUGUUGAAGUCAACAUUGACAUGGGGAUGCGACAUGGACAGAAGAUUGUUUUUCGUGGAGAAGGAAAUGAGAAACCCGGAAUUGAACCAGGAGAUAUCAUUGUUCAACUUAAUGCUAAACCUCACGAAAUUUUCACUGUUAGCGGUAAUGAUUUAGUCAUGUCCAUUGACUUAACUUUAACCCAGGCUCUGUGUGGCUUUGCCAUCCCAGUCAAACAAUUAGAUGGGCGACAACUCAUUAUUCGUAGCAAACCCGGAGAAGUCAUUGUUCCUGGAACAGUUAAGGCUGUUAAAGGAGAAGGCAUGCCUGUUCAUAGGGACCCGUUUGCAAAAGGUGAUUUAAUCAUCAAAUUCCAGAUAAUCUUUCCAGAAUCUUAUUUUGCUCCUAAAGAUGAACAAUAUUCAAAUAUUGAAAAAAUCUUAAAAAGAGACGUUCAAGAAAUUUUCGAUUUAAAAGCUGCAGAUGUUGAAGAAGUUGGUCUGCACGAAUAUAUUCCUUCAGAGUCUAAUGGAUAUUCCAGUCGUGAAGUGUAUGAAGAUGAUCACGACGAAGGUGGUGGUGGAGGUGGGGUUCAAUGUGCAGCUCAUUAAAAAUGGUGCAAUGUUCCUCAGGAUUGCAAGCUAUUGUAUUAGCAAAGUGCAUACACCCUUCAUCAUUUUAGGUUACACUAUUGAAUUAUAAUUGUCAAGAGAGCAAUCUCUUAUCUCAUUUUUUUGAGAUCUUCUUUAUCUUCUUGUUUACCCUUGCCCUUUCUUCUCUCACUUUCUCACUACUUCUGCUUUAUUUUUUUCACCAUCAAACCUAAACGAAAAACUCGAUUAGCGAAAAAAUGUAAACUUAAUGGUUCGUAAUGUGUUGAUGGAAGCAUGUGUUUCCAUUUCUGAAUCAAGCUAUACAUUAGUUUAAAAAAUUUGAAAAGAUUUCAUUACAUUCGUUCCAAGCGAUUCAAAUUUUAUCUGCUCUCUACAGCUCUUUACAGAAUUCAGUAUCCAGUACAAAUACCACCCUCUUUUCAAUUAUGUAAGGUUAACUAGCAGUUGGAACUGUAUCAUUUUUGUAUAGUCUCUUACUUAUUCUGUUAUUCUAACCUGAUAUGGCUCAAGGCUGUACGAAUUGAUUUGAAAUAAAAUGUGUUGAUCGAGUUUUAA